AUGUCCUUAAAUCCAGUUUUAUGUCAAGAUAUACACAAUAAGACUCUUCUUCCACUAUGUACACCCGGUGAGGCUUAUGUUCUUUCAAGGCCUAAAACUAAAGUAACAUUAGAACUUACCACCAGGAAGCUGGUUGGAUUUGGAGACACUAUUAUGACAACUCACCGAAUAGUUUUCAUUAAAAAUCAGGAUAAGGACUUUAAAAAGGGCUUUUCGAGUAUCGAUGUGCCAUUUUCUCAUUUGGAAAACCCGAGAUUUGAGCAACCAGUAUUCGGAACCAAUCAUAUGAAAUUUAUUGUUAAAUCGGAUCGAAAUGGAGCCCAUCCAUUUGAAUCUGAAGGAGACUUGAAGAUAUUCUUUGUUACCGGGGGAGCAGACCUAUUUCUUAAAUUGUUUUUCUCGUUUUACGCCAGAUUUAGAAACAACCCGAAUCUUAUGUCAUCGGCUAAUCCAAUGACUGAACUAGAAGGGGAUUUUUGUGCUUUUGUGGACCCUAGUGAUACGUCACAUGUGUACUAUACUCAACCGCAAACAUCAGGAGGACUACAGGGCGCAAAUCAAGACCAAGACCAGCCUGAGACUGAAAAUGGUAAAAAAUAUAAAGUAUCACCAAAGGCAGCCCUCCAAACGAGCAAAGGAUUCACUUUCCUAAGAUUUUUUAGAUAG